UUGCACAAACUUGUAAGAUAAUAUUAAGAUCGAUCAAACAAGUUUUGAAUUUCUCAGGAAAGACCAGAUGUCACCCGAGGCUUAAAUUGGUCGGUCGAGCUUGUGGCUAGAGCAACCACAAAAAUGCCACAGAAAACCAAAAUCCCUCGGAGAUAACACCGAAUAAUUUGUUUCAAUUCCCCCUCAGACUUCAUAAUACAUCACACUUCUCAAUUCUGUCGUGAAGAAAUAUUCGACCACCUUGGACCGGUAACAUUGUAUCAAGCAGGCACAAGAAUGGAUAAACUUACUGAAGAGCAAAUUCAAGAGUACAGAGAUGCAUUUCAACACUUUGACAAGGACAGCAGUGGUUUCAUUACCACCAAAGAAUUAGGAAAUGCCAUGCGCUCUCUUGGCGAAAAUCCACGCGAAGAAGAUCUACAGAUGAUGAUUAACAGCGUGGACAUUGAUGGAAAUGGUCAGAUGGAUUUUGAGGAAUUUGUCAAGUUGAUGGUGGCAAAAAAUCAGUUUUCUUUCAACGAGGAGGAAGCCAAAGAAGCAUUUCAUAUAUUUGAUCGCGACUGCCGAGGCUUUGUGAUGUCGGAUGAACUACGACAAGUCUUUCAGACCCUUGAGGAAAAGAUUCCGGAUCAUGAAAUCAAUGAUAUGUUACAAGAUCAAAAGCAUCAGUUUCAGAGGAAGAUAACUUUUGAUGUGAACAAAAUAUUUUUAUUGGUGAGAAGCACACCAGUCAGCGAGCUGAGGUUUUGCUAUCAUUUUGAGAAUAAUUUUGUUUGUUAUAAAGCAGUUUGCCAUAAGAACAUAACACCUAGAAGUCAACAAGUUUCAAUAUCUCCCGAGUGUUGGAGCAGCAAUCUUCUGUCGUCAACUUUAAAAUGGUUGGAAUCGAUCCCAGAGAGCCAGCUGGAAGAAUACUAUGAGGCUUUCCGUUAUUUUGACAAGGACAACAGUGGUUGCAUCACAACUAAAGAGCUGGGAACACUGAUGAAGUCCCUUGGUGUAAACCUCACAGAAAAUGAAUUACAGCGUAUUAUCAACACCGUGGAUAUUGAUGGAAAUGGUAUGAUGGAUUUCCAAGAAUUUGUGAACCUCAUGUUGACAAAAAAUCAAAAUGGGAUGGAACUCUGCGAAGCUAAAGAAGCUUUUAGAAUCUUCGACAGAGAUGACCGGGGGUUCAUCCUUACAUCGGAGCUUCGGCAAGCGUUUGCGACGUUGGAAGAGGACAUCCCUGAAAGCGUGCUGGACGAGAUUUUAGAGGACAAAUGCCAAUCAGGAAACAGAAAAAUAUCUUUUGAGGAGUUCAAGAUGAUGAUGCGAAUAGAAAGUUCAGAGGAAAAUGCAAAGAAGAACUCAUGUACAAUUCAUGCUUUCAGCAAGUGAAAUCACAUUCUCUUACUCUCUACUUCAUUAUGGUAUCUUUAUGAUUAUUCCAAAAAGAAUGAUCAGUCAGUGCCUCAGUGACCCUUCCAUAAACACAUAAUCAUAAUGUAAUCGUGAAUCCUCUUUGAGGGGCAAUAAAAACAAUCAGGGCCAGUUUAAGAAUUGUUUAGCGAAUUCAGAACUUGCGUCAAUUCUAAUUUGUUUGAAGUUGAUAAAGGGGCUAAGUUUCUAUAGAAACUGUAGUAUUGUGUCGGUGGGAAGUCAUUUGUUCUGACUGACAGAGAGCUAAAAU